AUGGAGGAUGAAGAUGGGACUUGUCUACUUGAUGUUUUGUGUGACCCCCAAGCCCUGAACGACUUCCUUCAUGGGACCAAUGAGCUGCAGACUGAAGACCUGCUCAUUAACUCCUCCUCUGGGGAGCCCUCCCUCUUCACAGAUGCCCCGAGCCCAGUCUCUCUGCUGGGGGAUGGAAGGGAUUCCCCAGACACACCUCCACCUGGGUGUGUGGAUCUGUCCUUCCUGGAGGAGGCCCUCCUGUCAUCGCCGGAGGGUGCGGAAGACCCACAGGUGGUGCAGGGUGGGACACCUGUGGAGGCUGGAUUUGAGGCGAAGAAGGGAGAAGUGGAGGAAGCGGAGGAGGCAGAGGUGGCAUGUGACAUCCUCCAGCAGAGCCUGCAGGAGGCUGAGAUCACAGAGCAGACCAUGGCUCUGGAGGCAGGUCUGGCCCAACCUGGGGACACCUUGUCCAUGUACUCACCUGCUCCCCUCCUCUCUCCACCCACCAUACCUUUUGUACCCAAGUCUGUGACCUUGCCUGUCACCCCGGCAUUGCCCAGAGACACCCAGGCAGCAGUGGAGCCUCCCCAGCCCUCCCUCCUGGCUGUCGGCCCGGGCUGCCCUUCUCUAAAACCUGCUGGCCCUCCUCAGCUGAUGGGGCUCCUGCCUGGAAAUGUGUUCCCUGCUGCUUCGCCAGAUACCGCCUUCUCUCUGAGUCCUGCCCAGGGAUCCAGUAUGAUCAUCCACAAGGCUGUUCCCAGUGUGACCAGUCGUCCUCUAAUCACCCCAACCCUGAGAGCAACAGCAGCAGCAGCAGCACCGGGCAUCGUCCUGCAGCGCGCCCCUCUUCCCAUCCAACCCAAGCUGCCUAUCAGCAUUCAGCCCAGACUAAUUCAAAUUAGCCCCAAGCCUCCUGGGCAAAAACACACUCCAGGUCUUACAUUUGUUCCUGGGACUGCCUCACCAAAUAUUUUACUCUCCCAACCUCCAGGCCAAAAGCCUGCAGCUCCACCGCCACAGCCCACCCAGCAGCUCCAUAAACCGGUGAGCCUACAGCUGGUCAACCAGGGCGGCUCCUUUGUGCUCCAGCCUCAGGGACUCUUCCAAGGCCAAAACCAGUUCCUCCUUCCAGGCCAGUGCCCUGUUACGAUCUCCCAACCUGCCAGUGCAGCCAGACCACUGCUGACCCCCAGUCACCAGGGCCCGUCGGUCCACAGCCUGACUCCCUCCACUGGGCAGCUGGUAGACGGCUCUCAGAUCUUAACUGUGCCCCAAAGACAGCUGAACUUCAGCCCCGUCUUCACCACCCCUACAGGGCAGCUAGCGCUCCGACAGGCCACUGUGCUUUCAGGACCUUUGCAACUACAGUCAGCGCCCCCUACUGUCUUCCAGAUGCCAGCACAGCUGGCUGGAACCUACACUCCAGGAGGACAGGGGCAGCGUGCUACACUGGUCCACAGUCCCGCUCUUGGAAACCACAUUACCUUGAUCAACAGUUCAGGGGUGCUUCCCCCAGAUCUCACUUCCAUCUCAAUCGUUAAUGGCCCCUCAGUAGUGCAGGGGCUGCCGUUUGCUGCCCAGGCCCCGGCUCCUCAGACGGGAAUGACAGAAGGACAGUUGAGCCUCCAGCAGGCCUCUGUGGUGCUGCUGCCAGAAAGGGCCAUUCAAGAGGACAGGACCAGCUCAGAGGACACGUUCCACCAGCUACCACAGCCCUAUGGACACGUUCUUCAGCAUGUGUCAGUGCAGCCCACCUCUACAGGACUGCAGUCCUCCUCUCCUCCUGUAGUUACAGUCCUGCAGCCCCCUCCUGAACCACCUCUGGCCCCUGAUCCAGCUGUGGAGAUCCCUAAACUUUUGAUGGCCCCAGCAGACAUGACCCAGGUAGUGGAAGAGGUGACACACUCGAUGAGUCAGAACGAGGCCUUUAUGCAACAUCUGCAACAGCAAGCACUUAGUCCUCCCAUCACGUCUGAUCUGUUGGUCGGGGCGCUGCCGGUGGUGCCGAUGGAGUCGCUCGCCUCCCCGGUCACCAGCGAGAGUGAGACCCAGCCACAGGCCCACGCUGUCUCUGGUCAGGACGCCCGCACUGGGAUGCCUGACCAGUGUGUCGAGGCUUCACCACUUCACUCAGACCCAGAGGACACGCCGCUGAUCUGCUCCUCCCCUCCCAUUCAGGACGCCGAGAGACCGGCUCCCACAUGUUUCUCCCCUCCAGCCGGGCCUCAGACCGCUCUGCCUGGACCUGAGAGCUCAGUCACCCAGGUCGCGGCUCCUCAGCCUCGCAUGGAGCCCCAAGUCCAGUACCAGGUCCCUCAUCAGCUCCAGGUCUCACAGGCUUUAUUUGCGCAGAACCAGGCACAGAUCCAGUCAUCUGUUUCCCAGCCCCGGGUCCAGGCCUCAGCUCCCCAGCUCCAGGUCCAGCCGCCUGUUUCCCAGCCUCAGUCCUCGGUCAACACUUCUUCGGUCCACAGCAGUCCGUCUCCUGUGCGCGUCGGCGUCUCGGUGCCUCAGCAGCAGCCUGAUCCCACAGCUGCUGGUGUCUCCAACGGAGGAGACGACUCCGCUGCCCAACAGCACACACAAAACAAGCCAACAGCUGCCUUGGUCGUGGAGAGUAAAGCGUUUACUCUCGAUGUCCAUCCGCCCUCGCCUGCAGCCCAGGGAGUCCAGGUUCACGGGCCCCCGGCUCCCAGAGAGAGCGCCCCCAUCCAGAUGAGCCAGCAGACCGGCACCAAGCUGGCAGGUCCUGUGGAGCAGCAGACUGAGGAGAGGCUCACACCAGCAAUGCGCAGGCACAGGUUCCAGCAGCAGAUCUGUUUGGACCACGGCGCGGUCCAGACCCCCUUCACCGGCCCGGCCUUUUCCACACUGAAGGACGCCGUCAGGCGCCUGCUGCCGUACCACACCUGCGCUGGUCACCUGCCCACUCAGGAUGACUUUAAUUUAGUGGACCAGGAGUUUGACACCGUGUCCGGUUUCCUGCUGAAACGCACCAAGGACAUGGUCAACAAAUACAGGCAGCUACUGGUUAGAGAAACCCAGCAGGAGAGUCCGUCAGCGGAGAUGGUGAUGCUGGAGCGUCUCUUCCUCCAGGCUGAGCGAUGCGCUUUAGCGGAGGACAGACGGAGAGUCCGCAGAGACCCAGAGUCAUUUAUGAUGGCCUUGGCUACAUCAGCGUCUUCCCGCCAUGGCACCCACUCCUCCGGUCCCUCCCACCCGAACUCGUCUGGCAGCCCCUCCUCUCCACCAGCCUGGACCAGACUGUCCGACCGGCCCCCUGGACUGAAGACGUACCGCUCCAGCUCCCGGGGGGCUCUCAGGCUCACCAUCAAGCAGGAGUCCGGCUCCCGCAAGGUGGUUCACAACUCUGCCUGCGAUCCGGGGCUCAAGAGGGACCACAUGGGGCAGCUGACCAACGGCGGCGGCGCUGCUGUGAACGAACGCCACUCUCAGGCACCCAACGGAGCACCCCAGUGUCCUCAGCGUGACGAGGAGCUCUCCAACGGAGCUCUGCCUUGUAACGCUGCAGAGGAGGUCCCACAGACAGCACCCAAUUCCAAAACAAAAGCCCCAAAUCCUCUUUCUAUGCCAGAACCGCAGGCUGGCUGCUUCGAGCUGCCUCCCAGAGAUGUCAGCGCCCCGAAACUGAAAUGCUACAGGUUGGAUGCGUCACCUCGGCCGGAGCAGCGGUUCAGCCCGCCGCCUCCACCCCUCCAAGAGGACAACAUGCUCAGUGAACAUCUGCAGAGUGCCAUCGACAGCAUCCUGGAGCUUCAGCGCCUGCAGGGCCCCUCUGCAGCCCCGACCAGGGCCACGUCAGGCCCUUCACUGGACCAGGCUGUCACCAGCAUCCUGGAGGGACACCUGUGA